GAGCCCCCAGCCCGGCCCGGCCCCUGCCCCGGGGGCCCCGCUCGGAGGGAAGGCUGAGGAAUCACAUCCAGGUUUCACUCCAGAUCAGCCCAUCUUCCAGGAGACAGGGAAGGGAAAUGGCUGUGAUGGAGCCAGCUAAGGACUGGGAACAUUUUCCAGGCUCCCAGUGUUGGAUCCUGAACCCACUGGUAGGAGCCUGCUGUGAAAUACCCAGGGAAGCUGUCGGGAUUCCUGUCCCUGUCCCCGGCUCAGAGCUCUGCUUCCGUAUCAGCCUGUGGCUGGCAGGUGUGUGGGAAAUGAGAAGACCCUGCCCUGCUCCGUGUGCUGGGGGGGAAAAGGAGCUCUCACCAUCUCCUACCCCCUGAAGCCUCCUGGCUGCUCUGAUCAGGUGGGUGGUGGGAUUCUGCUACCCUGUCGCUCCCAGAGCUUCAUGGUUUUUUACCUUUCCCAUGACUAGCCAGAUUGUGGCUGGGGCAACAGGGACUGAGUGGGGGACUCGUGUUUCAGAUGCCGGUGACCUUCGAGGAGGUGGCUGUGUAUUUCACCCAGGGGCAGGGGGCUCUGCUGGACCCCGCUCAGAGAGCCCUCUACAGGGACGUCAUGCAGGAGAACUAUGAGAUGGUGACCUCGCUGGGAUUUCCCAUUCCCAAACCUGAGCUGAUUGCCCGCCUGGAGCAAGGGGAGGAGCCUUGGGUGCCGGAUCUCCAGGCCUGCAAGGAAAGACAGCUUCUGAGAUGCACCCACACAGCAGGUGCAGAGCGAGGGAGUGAGAAUGAGGAGGGGAAUCAACAUCAGGAAGUUCCUGGAGAAGUGCAACCACAGGCAACCUUUGUGGGAAGAGGUGAAGGGAAUUUUUCCCAGUCCUGGGAAGAGGGAGAAGCCUGGGGAAACUGGCAGAUGUCAGAGAGUCUUCUGGGAAACCACCCAAGGAAGAAAUUGGAUGAAUCUAUUAAUGGUGGGGGAGGAGACGAAGAUCCCAGAGCAGAGCAAACAAAUUCCAAGGAAGAGACACCCUGUCACCGCCUGCAGUGUGGGAAAGGAUUCAUUGUGAGAUCACAACUUGUGACACAUCAGACAAUCCAUACCGGAAAGAAACCCCUUCAAUGCUUGGACCGUGGGGAAACCUUCAAUAAGCUCUCAGAUCUUAAUAACCAUGGGAGAAGCCACACUGGAGAGAAGCCCAUUCAAUGCCUUGAGUGUGGGAAAUGUUUCAGGUCAAAAUCAGCACUAAAUUCACAUGAGAAAAGCCACACAGAAGAGAGACCUCAUAAGUGCUUGGACUGUGGGAAAAGUUUCAAGCGGAAGUCAGACCUUGUUAAACAUCAGGCAGUCCACACAGGAGAGAGACCCCACAAGUGCUUGGACUGUGGGAAAAGUUUCAAGCGGAGAGCAUCCCUUCUUAUUCAUCAGGCCAUCCACACAGGAGAGAGAUCCCAUAAGUGCUUGGACUGUGGGAAAAGUUUCACUUGGAGAUCAUCCCUUGUUAAUCAUCAGGCAGUCCACUCAGGAGAGAGACCCCAUAAGUGCUUGGACUGUGGGAAACGUUUCACACGGAGAACAGGCCUUGUUAAACAUCAGGCAGUCCACUCAGGAGAGAGACCUCAUAAGUGCUUGGACUGUGGGAAAAGUUUCACAUGGAAGUCAAACCUUGUUAUUCAUCAAGGAAUCCACACAGGAGAGAGACCCCAUAUGUGCUUGGACUGUGGGAAAAGUUUCAUACAGAGGUCAAUCCUUGGUAAACAUCAGGCAAUCCAUAAAGGAGAGAGACCUCAUAAGUGCUUGGAGUGUGGGAAAAGUUUCAUAUGGAGGUCAGACCUCAUUAAACAUGGAAGAAUCCACACAAGAUGUAAACUUCUAUGACCCGUGGCGAGAAAAUGUUAAGCAACUUGCAUUUAAUUAACUCAGAUUCAACCUUUAGAGAAAGCAGCGAAGAAUCCUGUGGCACCUUAUAGACUA